CUGUUUUAAUUAACAUAGCGCAGUGUUGCCCUCUAUUACAAUACCAACUAAAUAUUUAAGUAUAAUUAUAUUGUAAGAAAGAAUAACAGUCUCUUAUCUAUACCUUUAUAAAAAUGGGAGCCGGUCAAAUUGGAGGAAUAGCAACACUGCUGGAUAUAGACUUUAAUAAUGCUGCUGGCUUUUAUGGAGAACCAGCAAAAGUAACAGAAGGGCAAUUUAUCGUAUAUUACUUAUCGCAUGCCAUGUUGUUUUGCUUGGGUGCCAUUAUAGAGUCUCACGUUGUUCUAACACCAGCUAUUUGUGUAUAUGGGGAAACAUAUAAAUUCAAAAUCUUUGCUGGCACACACAGUUUUGUAGAGAACUCUGGAAUAGCACGGCAGGUCCAGCAUCUUUGUAUACAUAAGGGGUACAAUCACUCGAUGCGCUGGGAAGGUUGUUCAGCCGACAAUUUGGCUCUGAUAUGUCUUAACAAACCGUUUGUCUUCAACAAGCGGGAAACUUAUACUGAGUUUCUUCUAAACCGCGCCCGUUACGGAGUAGCUAUUAGUCCGGAAAACAGAAUAAGAGAUAAAUCUUGUCGUUUUUAUGGCUGGGGAAGCAGACGUAAUGGUUAUCUUAUUCCACUUUUAAUCCAUCUUUAUAAAAUGGACGUCACAAUACUACCAACUGAAGAUUGCGCACCGAUUUUCAACUAUGGCGACAAAUUUCUUUGCAUUCAACAGCCAAAGUGUAAGUCAGAAAAACACGGAGCAUUGUGUCCGGAUGAUUUGGGCAGUACACUUAUUUGCUCUGGUUACGUUCAGGGUAUGAUGAUAUCCCGUCUCAUCGAUAGACCCUGUGGCAUUGGGUUCGUUGAUUUGAGUAAAUACAAUAGAUUCUUAUCCUGCGGCGUUGAUGAUUCCCGUGACGUCAUAGACCACGACGAACUGAUGGCCUUCGAAUUUGAUCACACAAGCAAAAUGUUACAUACACCUUCCAUGCUGACUACACCCCACGAUAACAUCACUUCACCAGUCCCAUAAACAAUAAUAGCUAAAUAAAAUAUCUUAUUACUCUAUAAUAAUAAUUAAUUUAUUUAUUUUGGAAUGAAUUCUAUUUGUACAUGUAAAAGUAUGUAAAUUUAAUAUAUACAUCCAUUUUAUUCCUGUUAC